AUGUCCAGUUUAGAGAAAGAAUAUCCUAUAGGGCUUGAGAAUAAAAUAACAAAUUCUACUAAAGAAUGUCAAACAAUUCCAAUGUUAUCAUUAAAGUAUCUACCUUUUGAAAAUGUCUGCGGAUUUACUAAUCCUUAUUUUGGAGAGAAUCAAGGGCUUUCUGAAGAAGAACUUAAGUAUCAUACUAAUCAUAUGAGAUCUGUAGGAGAUGCUUUACAUUUCUUUUAUCGUAUACACCCUGUAUUGUUAAAUAAUAGGGCUAUCUCCGCUCAUACUUAUUCAGUAGAUGACAAAUCAACUCCAUUAGUAAGUCCUGCUGUUUCUGCAAGUAAAGAUCGCAAACAAGUUGAGAAUAUUGAAUUAAUACCCCAUCCUAAUCUUUGUACAACUCAAAGUCGUAUAAUACAUCCAAAUCUAGUUCAUAGUAUUAAUCAAAGAUGGCAAUUAAGAGUCCAUUUAUUAAAUAAUAACAUGUCUAUAUUUAAUUUAGCUGAUUUAUCUCACCCAUAUGUUAGUGAAAUGGUUGGUGCACCCUCUAGGAUAAAGACAGAAAACGAAGAGUGUACGGAAUAA